AUGAGUAAUGGAGGGUAUAACUAUACGAAGGAAGAAAACAGAAUAUUAGAACCAAAAUAUAGGGCGAAACCCUCAAAAAUCAAUAGGAAGCGAAAAAUUCGAACAAGAACGAAGUCCUACAACCUCAAUAAGGGAAGAGAGCAAGCCUCGCCUAGUACAAAAUGGAGCAGUAGAACAAGUAUAAUGAGAAUAUAG